AAUCAGUUUGAAUUUCGCUUUCGAUCUGGUUGGUUGUGUUUUUUGGCUUCUCUCUGCGUGCGCCGUUCGUAGGUGGGAAAAACGGAAAACAACAACAGCGAAGAACAGAAAAUAGAAGAACUUGCUGCAAAUCGAAAAAAUCGAAGAGGAACACAUCUUCAACUGUAGUUUACAUUUGGUCCUGCGACUUUGAAAACCAAUCGGAAAUUUACACUCUCCUCUAUUCCUUUCUGUUUUGCCGGCAAAAACAAAAACCAGAAGCGGCAAAAGAGAGGCGCAAAAACAAACGCAGAAAGCGAAGCAAAAUGUGAAAAAUUGCCGAACAUGGCGCCGCGUGUGUGAACGAGAGCGAACGAUCGUGUGAGAGGGAGAUAGGGACAGGGACGGAGCGUAGAUAAACAAUAAAAAACAAUUUUUGAUACUUAACGUUCUACAACAACAAUAAACUCAGCUCAGGUACAACAACAAAUCAGAAAAUUACGAAAAAACACAACAGACUGCAUUGACGGGAAUUUUUCCAAGUAUUUUUGAUACACACAGCAAAGAGGUGUACGAUUUUUAAGCAAUAAGUGAAAGCAAUUACCCAUCAAGUUUAAAGUAAUACCAUCUCUCGGUAGAACCCCACUCGCAAAAUCCGUAUAUAAACAAUUGAAAAAAUAAUCUAACCAGACUAAAUCGCAGAAUAACAAGCAUUUACUAUACACAAAAUACAAGAAAUAAAUUCCGAAAAUAAAAAUCUUUAAAAACCGUACAACUGAAUAAAAUCAGACUUUUGUCUGCAAAAUUUCGAAAAAUUUACAAAAAACCCGCUAAAAUUCACGAAAACUCACUGGAAAACACACGCCAGACCAGCAGUUGAGAAAUAUUCUGGAAUCGGUUCAAAAAUAAAUAAAUAUAUGCCAGCAGCAUUUAAAUAGACCGCAAAUCGCGCAUCGAAAAAAUCAACAAGCAAUAUUUUUGAAAUUUAUAAUCGUGGGCAAAAUGCUGAUACGAAAUAGAGAUUGAGGAUUCUCGAGGACAGCCAACAAAAUCUUUUCUCGCUGCAAAGAGUGCAUAUUCUCAUAGGAAGCAAACACAAAUUUAUGGCUCCGCGUCGCAACAGCAACAUCAGCAGCAGCGGCAACAGCACCCAGCAGCAGCAUCACCAGCAACAGUUGCAGCAGCAUCAGCAGCACCAGACGCAGCAGCAGCAACUGCUGCAGUUCUACGCGGAGAACGCGAAUUCUUCAGGCGUCCUAAUGGCGCCCAUGCAGGGAACUGCUGGCGUUGGCGGUGGCGUGGUCCACUGCUGCCUGCCCAGCGGAGAUUGCCGCAAACUGGACACGCUGAUACCGCUGAACGAGCUCUCCCUGGCGGACUGCAUCCGCGUGCUGUGCAACAACGAGAACUGCAGCGCCGGUCAGUAUAUGCACCGCGAGUGCUUCGAGUGGUGGGAGGCGAGUGUCCUGCAGGCUCUCAAGUCCAAUGGCCGUGCUCGCUCCUGGUCGGAAAGGCAGCGUCUGCAGCAUCUGUGGACCAAGAAGGGCUACGAGCUGGUCCAGAAGGCUUGCAGUUGCAAGUGCGGCAGGGGGCAGCUGCGCAAGGAUCUCGACUGGGUGCCGCCGAGCAGCCAGGGCGUCAUUUACCUCAACGGGUCAACGGUGGGCAAUGGUAGGGCCAAUCUGGGCAAUGGCAGCCUCAGCGAGGACGACGACAAGAAGAAGGCCAAAAAGAAGAGGAACCGCAACAACAACAACAACGGAGGCGGCGGUGGUAAUGGCAACACCAAAACCCCCCUGAGCAACAACAACGGCAACAGCUACGCCGGACUCACGCCCAAUCCAAAUGUGGGCGUCAUAGGAUCUGGUCUGCCCCACAACAACGGCAACACCACCUCCAAUGGCAGUGGCAGCAAUGGCUCUUCCUCCGGCCUGCUGCAGCCCAGUGCGCUGGCCACUUUGAGUAACAUCCUCAAUCCGAACAAUGUCCUCGGCCUGGACCUGCGCGCCCGUGCUGGCAGCCUGUCCUCCAGUGGAGCCGGCAGUGGUUCCACCUCGCCAUCGGCCUCGCAGUCCAGUGGCGAGAUAUCCGUGUCGCCGGUGCAACAAUUGCUGCAACAGCAGCAGCAGCAACAGUCGCUGCUCAUCCAGCCUCUGGGUCCCGCUUUCGGCAGCAAUCUGCUGCAAAAUGGACUGGGCUUGUCCAAGAACCUGCUGAUUGCUCCCCAGCAGCAGCAGCAACAACAGCAGCAACAGCAGCAGCAGAAUAAUCUGCCUGCUUUGGCCAACAUCAGCAACUUCAAGCCAUUGGCCAGCUACGAGCAGCAGCAACUGGUGCAGCAGCAGAAGAACAAGGAGGUGGAACUCUAUUCCGAGCGAGUGCGCUCCACAUCUGGCUGCAAUGGGAUCUUUUCGCGUCGCCUGGACUUUUCGUCGUUCAAUUUGCUGCCAAAGACUCGUUUGAAUUCUUAUCAAGUCAAGAUUGAGGACGAGGGCAACCACGGCAACGAUGAGACGCGUCUCUUCAUCCUCUCCUCGCUGGCCCAAUCCCAGAUGAGCCGGGUGGCCUGCAUUUUGUGCGAGGAGCCGCUGCUCGUAUUCGAUCGCUAUCCACUGGUCGAUGGCUCCUUCUUCCUGAGUCCCAAGCAGCAUUCCAGCGGCUGCAUCGAGGUUAAAUACGAGGGACGCACUCUCUACUUGACCUGUGUGUGCAUGAGCUGCCUGGACGGAACCUCCAGCAGCCGCGUCAUCAACUGCAGAUUCUGCAAGGAGCCGUGGGAUGGGUCCAGCUUGGUUUUGGGCACCAUGUACGCCUACGACAUUUUUGCGGCCAUGCCCUGUUGCGCCGAGCGGUUCAAGUGCAAUAACUGCUUCAAGAUGCUGAUGCAUCCGCAGCAGCGUCUGAGCUUCUACAGUGACUACUCGCACGGAGUGACCUGUCCGUACUGCAACACGCAGGACACGCACUUCGUGAAGCCGCUGAGCUUCUGCUACGCCAAGAGCCCGGCGACGCGGCUGCCGACGCUCGCAUAACAUGAGGCCCCGUUGGAGUCGCCCGUGGGAACAGGUGCCACCGCCACUCAGGUGCCAAACGCCCAGGGCGCUCCAACGGCCUCCGGCUGCAGCAGCAACACCAUCGCCAUCGCCAGCAAGCAGCCACCAAAGCAGCCGCUCUACAAUGCCGCCAUCGAUUAUUCGGCACCGCUGCAGCAGCAAAUUAAUCCGGACUUGAUUGGAGCCCAUCCGCAUGCCCAGCAGCAUCAGCAGCAGGUGCGGCAGCAGCAACAGCAGCAGCAGCAACCACAGCAGCAGCAGCAACAACAACAGCAGCAGCAACAAACUCAACAGCAACAGUCACAACAGCAGCAGCAGCAACAUCAGCCUGCGGUCAGCUCAUUUCAGAGAGCCAACUUCACUCAGCAGUCGCAUAAAAGCAUGAACAUGAUGGCCAUGACAGAUGUGAUGAGCAAGUACCAGCAGCAACAGCAGCAGCAGCAGCAACAGCGCCAGCAGCAACACAACCUGCAGCCACAGCAGCAACAUGCAACACAGAAAGGACUCGAGGGCCUUCUAUUGACCAAUACCAACACAAGCAACAACAAUAGCAGCAGCAGCAGCAGCAGUAUUAGUAACUUAAUCAUUAGCCAUAAUUCAGCCAGCAAUACAGGCAACAAAAUGCAGCCCACUUGGGGCCAAAGUGAUGCCAUCUCGGCAUUGUGGGGCUGCUCCAGCAGCAGCAGUGGCUGCUCCUCGGGCAGUGGAUCGCAGCCCUCGUUGAGUCCGACGGCCAGCAGCAUUGGCAACGAUGGCUCCAAGAUGAUGUUGUGGGCGGCCCAAAGCUCGCCACAAAAUGCUGUAACACUCAGGGAUUCAGGAUUCAAGGAGUUGCAGCGUCAGCAGCAGCAGCAACAACAGCAGCAGCAGCAGGUGCCACAGCAACUGCCACAUGCAGCCUCGCCCACAGCUUCGCUGACCAGUUCCAGUUCCUCCUCGAACGGAUGGAGCGCCUCGCAUUAUGGCAAGCCCAACAUCUGGGAGCUGCCAGGAUCCGCUGGCCAAAGGACGCCGGCCAGCAGCCACGACAUCUUCACCGAUCUCCUGUGCAACCUGAGCAUCAGUCAGGACAACAGCAGCCAGCAGGCCAAGGCCGAUGCCUCUGACGUCAGCUCGAAUUCCUCCUCGUCGGCCGGGGAGCUCCUGGAGGCAGCCAAUAUCUGGCGGUUUCCGGAGUACGCCAGUCAGCAGCUCUACAACGAGGAGCCCACUGGCGGCGCAGCUGCCUGCAUGCAGCUCUUCAACGACUAUCUCAACAUGAACUAAAACGAAGGAUUAGGAGCCACAACAGCCUGCAGCAUUUGUUACUCUAGCUAAAUUGAAAAACAAAAGUUGAGGAAAAAGGAGUAAGCAGGAAGAGGAGAGGCUAUAUAUAGGAGCCACUCCUGGAGCGAAUGUUUUAGUUUUUAAAAUCAUUUGAUUUUUUAUACAUCUAAACACACACCACAUCUAAAACCGAGAGAAAACAAAGCAAACUAAAAACAAUUUUCUUGUUAUUUUUGUUGAGUUUUUUAGUUCUUUGUUUACACACCUACCUAAACGAAAACAAGCAAUUUUUAGUUUUAUUUUAUAAAGCAAAUUUUUUAUACAUUUUACCAAAAAAAAAAACAAACCGAAACGUAAAACAAAAAAAAAAAGGGAAAACGAGUAAACGAGAUGAAGGGACAAAAAAAGAAACAUUUACAUCACGAUUGAGGGAAAAGUUUUAUUUAGCAAAAAUUGAAGGCAGGGCAUUAAAUUGUUUAAACAAAUCAUGAUAAUUGCUGUGCUGCUCAAUAACACAAAAAAUUAUAAACAUAAAAGGGAGAAGGAGAAGGAGUAGAGUAGGAGAGUAUAACAGAAAGUGAGAAGGGGAGAACAUGAAACAUUUGCUACAAUUUAUGAAACGUAAAAUUACAAAAAACCUAAAUUUAAAAACAACAUAAUCGAUAAGUUGCACAUCUUUACCUAAGCGAUUGGUAAUUAUUCCUAGUUUUAGUAAGCGAAAGGAGAACCUCUAGAACCGAUUAAGUUUUUCGCUCCAGUUCCGAAGAGUUCAGUUAGGUCCUCAGAGUUAUUCAGCCCCCCAGUAAACCACCCAUUCACCCAACCACCCACUCACACACACCCAUAGCAACCAGGCGGCACAUGCAACAAGGUCAUCACUACCAACACCAAUACCACCACCCCCCAGCACGAGCAACACCUUUCAGGAGUAUUUCAAGCAGGCGACCCACACCCACGCCCCCAAACUCUUAGUUAAGUCCUCGAUGAAAUGAAAAUAUAAUGAAAAUACUUUCGGCGCAGCGUGAUCAUUAAUUAUUAAGUCUAAGUGUUAGGUUAUAGCGAUCUUCUUGUAUAUGUGUAGGGUUCUUCUCUUUGUCUAAAAUAGCAGAGCAGCCGUAUGUGAUGGAUCUCUAAAGGUUGAGUGCGAGCAAACCACAUGCAGGCACUCACUAUCGAUAGGUUUAGUAGGUUGUAAGGUCGAUUUUUUCUAAAUUUUAAAUAUGGUAUGCAAGCAAACAUCCAACAAUUUAUAGAGCGGUUCAAUGUUUCCUGUUUUGUGUUUAUUCCGUGCUUAGAAAAGUCACCAAAACCCUGGGGUAAAAGUCCUUUCCAAUCCCACAGUCCUCUCACCCUCAACCUCUCACUCGAAAUUGUGAGUAUUUAAUCGAAUUAAAAUAAAAAUUUCCCUUUUGUGAAACUGCUUAGGCAGACUAAACCUAAAAACCUUUUCUAAACCUUUCCCGUCUGUGAAAUUUUUGAUGAAAUUGAAAAUUAAAAACCAAUUGAUAUGUCCCCAUCUGUGAAAAAUGUAUGCAAGGCAAUUCAAAUCUUCAGUUUCUCUUUAACCCCAAUCAACUGUGAAUGUUAUUUAGGCAACCUAAAUCUGAAAUAUUCUGUGAAAACUUGCAUGUAAUUGAAAGUAAAAACCUUUUGAUAUUCACCAUCUGUGAAAGUUUUGAUGAAAUUGAAAUUAAAACACCUUGAUAUUACCCCGGUCUGUGAGGAGAAGUUUAGGCAAGCUAAACCUUAAACAAGAUCAGCAGAAACUGUGUUAGAUUAUCCAGCUUCGGUUCUCUUACUUUCCCCUUUUAAAAUGUCGUGAAAUUUUAAUGAAAUUAAAAGUAAAACCCCCUUGAUAUGUAGCCCCACUGUGAGUAAAUGUUUAGGCAGCCUAAACUCAAAAUCGAUCAGCAGAAGCUGUGUUACCCCAUCCCCUGAAUCCCUCGAGUUCGCAACGAACCCUAAAUUGUAGAUCCUGUAAGUUUCGUCAAAUCGUCUGUGAGCAGAGUGCCGAGUCCUUCCUAAACAGCAUUCCAUUUCGGAAAGAUGUAGCUGCGCAGGCUCGGCACUUUUAAAGAACCUUCACUGUGAGCGUUCGAAAGGACAAAAUUUUUAUGAAAAAUUCUAAACCCACACAAAAUUGUGACUAGGCCUGGCCCAACAACGAAACUCGUGUGACACCCAGUUGAGAACAAACAUUUUCAAAAAAAUGUCUAAACCACGACCCCCAAACCAAAAUUGCCUCCAUUAAGACAGCCAAACUGUGACAUCCCCCAUUUGCUCAACCCCUGUGAACAUUGAAAAUGUAUUUGUAUCCCUGUGAGUUGUCCUUCGAAAGGAUUGCGAUUUUUGAGAAAAAUUUAAAACCCCCAACCCGAAAGCACUUGUGAAUGCUCGUAGACUAAGCAGUUAUCUUUGGUUUCCCAUUAUUUCGUAUAUUUCUCAGCAGUGUGAUAUUUCUUUCUGUGUUUCCAAUGUGGCAUUGCUUGUAAUUUUUUGAAAAAGAAUUCAAAAACCUCCUCGAAUAUCUGUGAAAUACCUUCAACACCCACCCACAACCCCCUUUUAUCCCCAUUUGGUGACUUUUGGUGAGGGAACUGCUUGAAAUACAAAACCCUGGGUAACGGGAGUGGGAUCUUAGGUUGCAUGUGCUGCAGUUACUCCAGUAAUCACAAAUCGAACGCCUCCUUUUGGGCAUUUAGCAUUGCCGCCAUUUUACAUACCAAAUAAUACACGUUAAUUAAACGACAUUUUUUUCAGAACGCAUGAAGGGACAAACUGAGUGAUAGUAAAUUUUUUUGUAUACAAAACCCACGAUAACGAUAACGUCUUCGUUAUUCCUACUUAUAUAGAGCUACCGUUAAGUUUAUAAGUACAUACCCUAUACCCUAUACCGUAUAAACCCUACACCUAACUAACCUAAAUUGAUAGAAACUACACAUUUUGGCAUUUACUUGAGAGGAUUAUAUAUAAGUUUGGCACAGUUAUAUAUAAUUUUCGUCUAAAUCUAAGGUUUUAAUCUAGCAUACAUGUACGCGCAGGAGGAUAGAGAGGAAGUGAACUUAUUUAUAGGCAAGCCCCAACACACACACACACACAAAAACAUGACACACAGAUAUACAGCAUAUAGUUAUAUAGAUAUUUAAUUGGAGUAACCCUAGAGCCCUACGCUAAACUACACUACACUACAAAUUAUAUUGGUAUAAGUUCUACGCAAGCAAAGCUGCCUUGCUCAAAAAGGCAGUGGCACCCGCACCACCAACUACUACGUAAGUCAGCCCGUGUUUUAGUUUGAUUCAGUGUUUGUUUUAGUUAAAUGUCGAGAGAUGAAACCACAAACUUAUGCCCACCUCAGCCACCAAGAAAGGAUAGAAUCGAACGAUGGACCGCGUAUAUAUAUAUAGAGAGAGAGAGAGAGCCCCAAAACAGUAAUAGUCAGACUUCCGAUCACAAUUAACUCUAACUCUUAACUCUUAACCGCAACCACUAGACGGCGAAUGAAUAACACAUACUUAGUAGAAGUCUUGAGUCUUUAAGUAAUGAGGCGAAGGAAACAAGGAAGGCGAUUGAGCGAGAGAGUAAAACACAUUAAAAUGUAAUUUAUAUUACCUCCUUAGCAAAAAUCAAUAACAAAUAACGAAUAACAUAUAACAAAUAACAAAAAAACAAUGUUUUCCUAAUGCAUAUAAACUAUGAGAAAUCAAGGCAAAGUAAAACAAAAUAUGUACGUUUAAAUCAAGUAAUCCAUUCAUAAACAAUUAAAAGCAGUUUUUGUUUAGUUCAUAAUUUGUACUCAAAAAGAGAAAAAAAACAACCAGCACUAUCACAUUUUAUGUUACACAAAUGAAAUAUUUGCGCGCCUUUCCCAUUUUUCCCAAUUUUUUGUAAUUUUUUCACAAUGCUUAGUUACUGGAACAUGCCAAAAACCGUGUAGAAGCAGCAGCAAAAUGUUUAAACUUUAACCGAAAUUCUUAAAAACCAAUUUUUGAUGGCUCCCUCCGAGCUUUCUCAGAUCAUCUGAUGACGAAAUGUACAAAUUGGUGAAGUUUAGGCACUUUCAACCGCAGUCCUCCUCCUCCGAUUUUCCAAGGUCAAGGCAAUAUAGCGCAGCAGAUAUUUCCGGAACAACACCCCCCCCUCCCCCACUUUGUAAUCACCCCCCGCCCCCCAUCCACCAAAUUUAUAGAUUGAUUUUUUUUAGCCACCCGAAUGUAAUUUUUGUUUAAUUAAAUAUACACACCUAGCACACUUUUGUUUAUGCCUAAUUCGUAAUGUGUAAUAUAUGUAUACUUUGUACCUUUUUAUGUUAUACACAAGUCCUUAUCCCCCUCAAGGAAUCAACCCCUCGCCCAGUGUUUAAUCCCCCCUCCCCACACCCCUACGCUCCUACUCUCCUACACAUUUUGGCAAUUCAACUUGAAUGUCUACUUUUAAUGUAAUUUAGUUGAAUAUUUUAGUUGAUUUUUAUUAUUAUUAUUCGUACUCCGUAUGGAAACUAAAUAAAUUUAAUUGUAUUUGAAUAAACGAAACGAAAAAAAAGGAAUAAAAUUA